AUGGUUUUUGUCCAUGAUCACCUGAAAGAGCUUCAUGAACCCAGUGGAGAGGCAGCAGUGAGACUUCGGAGGACUGUGGGACCUUGCCUUCCAAACCCAUGUUUCCACCAGGGAGAAUGUAAGGCUGUGGGCAACAGUCCAAAUUGCACUUGUAAGACUGGCUUCAUGGGCCCAUUCUGCAAAGAUAUGGAGGUGAAACUCCAGUGUGAGGAGGAGUAUAUGAAGAUGAUGGUGAGAAAGGAAGUGUUUGAGGCCCUGAAAGUCCCCUUGAGAUCUGUCCAUCUGAUGAACAGUUCUUGCGCUGUUUCUGAGCAAGAAGAGGAUGGAGAAAGCUUCUUCGGAGCCAAGUUGACAAGCGAAAACCACACGGCCUGCGGGUCAGAGAUCAAGGUCAACGGUUCUCACCUGUCUUAUGCCAACGUGAUAGAAUCAGACCGGGAGGAUAAUGGUGUGAUCACCAGGAGCGCACUCAUCCGCAUACACUUCUCCUGCAUCUAUGCCUACAAGCGUGUGGUCAGCUUGCUCUACUCACUCAAGGCUAUGGACACGUUUGUGCAAUUUUCGGUCAAAGAAGGAGACUUCACUGUAACGAUGGCCCUCUACGAGAAUGCCAGCUUCGAGAAGCCUUAUAGCCAGCAGCCACUGGUGCUUCUCAUGACAGACACCCUCUACGUCCUCCUGCGGAUCGAAGGGCAAGCCCAGGUGAAGUUCUUCUUCCUAAGUGUGGACGACUGCUGGGGCACCCCAACGAAUGACCCCGAAGACAGCACAAAGCACUACCUGAUCAUGAAAGGGUGCCCACAUGACAAGACACUGGAGUUCCUCAAUGCCAUUGGAACCAGCACAGUGGCAAAGUUCAGCUUUCAGAUGUUUCAGUUCAAAAACCUGUCGGAAGUGUACCUGCACUGCCAAGUCCGUCUGUGCAUUCCAGCCAACCAGGAGCCAUGCGCCAAGCAAUGUCCCAUCAAGCAGAGGAACAAGAGGGAGCUGGCUGACGACUACAUGAAGAUUGUCUCCUAUGGACCCAUUGUGUUUGCAACCCACUCGCACCUGGAAAUCCGGAACACCCAUGAUCAGCCAUCCUUCUGGGGAUCGCAGCUGUGGAUCCCUGGUGUGAUGAUUGUGGUAGCCCUCAUUGCAACCUUCAUCUUCAUUGCUGUUGCCAAAGUCAUGAAGAAAUGAGCAACUUCUCAACAGCAGACUUCCAAAUAAAUCUAUAAUUGCAGAUCACACCAGGGCCAGUUUGCAAUUGUCUCCCUUGAAAGAGGUUCCAAACGCCUGCCGUGCUGAAAGUUCUCUGCGGUUUCCUGCUAGUCCUCCUUCAGCUGAAUGAAAUUGGUUUCCCAGGUUCCUUUAAGUGAGAGGAGAAAUUUGGAGAAAUUCUCACAGGUCCAAUGUGGAGUUCUUGUGCCCAUUGAUUGACCAAGUGGCUCAGGAAUGGGUGCAAAUGUCUUGUCAUCUCACAAGUGAUCUGCAGACUCUCUGGCUUCCAGUAGAUCCCCCAGGAAAGCCCUCUUCCUAGGGGCUUUUCCAGACUGGGAAAUAUGAGCAGCCGGCGAGGCUCCAGGCCAAUGGAAAGAUGGGGAUCAGAAAACAGCCACCCCAGCC